CAAAACUUUCGUUCGUUCGUUGAUGUGCAAGAUAGGAAAUGUGUGUUUUAUCGCAAACUUUUAAUUCUAAAUUGAUCAAAACUUAAUUGAAUUUAUUUUUUUGGUGUUUAUCUACUAAAAUUUUAUCAUCUUUGACGAUAUUAAUGCUUUUGUGAAACGAAAAUCUUGCGUUAAAUACUCUAGAAGAAAAUGUUUUUGUGUGCUAAGUUUCAUAAUGGCGGCCCGUCGCGUCCCCCGCGCCUCCAUUUCGAUGACAGUCAAAUUAUGACAAUGCCGAUACGCAAAGUUUAGAAAAUGUUGUGUAUUUGUAAAUAAUUUAGUGAAAGUUUAUAUCAGACUGUAAUAUACGGACUAAACAUGAAUCAGGAACACCAUAAUAUGAAUACGGGUGGUGGCCAGCCUCCGGGAAGUUCAGAGUCACAGGGGCAAAGAGUUCAAGCCACACAGCAACAACAGCAGAAUAACUUGCCAGCCACGACAUCUGCCACUGAUUUACGAGUGAAUUCUGCCGCAGUGAAUGUCGCUUUGUCUAGUGUCGCGAAAUAUUGGGUGUUUACAAAUUUAUUCCCCGGGCCGAUACCCCAAGUGUCUGUGUAUGGAUUGCCUGCCGGUGCAAGGAUAGAAAACGGAAAACCUGUACAGGAUCUUGGGCAAGCACAUGCCAGUAUACUGAAUGGUGAUCCCAAUAUUAUACUUGGGCAUCAUGCAGGCCAGUCUCAAGUCACAGUAUCAGCUCCAGGUGGCCAACAGAUUCCAGUCUCACAAAUUAUUGCCACACAGUCUGGGCAAACACAUGAAGCUCUUGUGGCUCAUAAUCAGCAGCAGGCUGAGUUGGCAGCCGCCCAAGCACAGGCUCAAGCGCAAGCAUCCAACAGCAAUGCGCAGGUGUCAGUUAGUGCAGGGCAGGCCACUCACCAGCAGGUACCCAAUAACCGGGUCGAAUUUGUUCAACACCAUAACAUUGAUAUGGUAAAUCACGUGGGUCAUCAUUCGCAGCAACACAUAAUGCAACAGCAAUUGAUGGCUACAGCGCGACCAGAACACAGUAAUCAACAGAUUCAACUGACGGUGAGCGAGGAUGGCAUAGUAACUGUGGUGGAGCCGGCAGGCACGAAAAUGGUUGACAAGGAAGAACUACACGAAGCCAUCAAGAUGCCUAAUGACCAUACACUUACUGUACAUCAAUUACAACAAAUAGUGGGACAACAGGUAAUAGACAGUGUAGUACGCAUAGAACAAACAACCGGUGAGCCAGCAAACAUUCUUGUCACUCACAAUCCUGAUGGCACGACUUCAAUAGAAGCCAGCGCUGCAGACCCACUCAUUGUCAAAGACGAGAAGAGUGGCAACAAAAUAGAUCCAACGCAAUUCGCUAUUCCUACUGACAUAAAAGACAUAAAGGGAAUAGAUUUAAAGAAUGUAGGAACAAUGGGUAUGGAGGGGGCAGUUGUGAAGAUCUCCGCCGGCGCAGCGGAACACGACCUGCAUGCCAUGUACAAAGUAAAUGUAGAGGAUCUUUCGCAGCUACUCGCCUACCAUGAAGUGUUUGGCAAACUUAAUUCAGAAGGGCAACAGCAACAAGCAAAGGUGAUCAGUGAGGUUGAAGUGGAAGUGGAGGCAGGCACCAGCGCUGCUAUGUCGGAAGCAGAAUCCUCACCGGGCCAUCACUCAUGUGAUAUCUGUGGGAAAAUAUUCCAGUUCCGAUACCAACUUAUUGUUCAUAGGCGUUAUCACGGCGAAAGUAAGCCAUUCACGUGUCAAGUUUGUGGUUCAGCAUUUGCAAAUCCAGUUGAAUUAUCGAGACAUGGAAAAUGCCAUCUUGCUGGAGAUCCAAACGAAAGACACGCCAAAAGGAUGGCGCAGGAUAAACCCUACGCUUGCACCACUUGCCACAAAACAUUUUCUCGGAAAGAACAUUUAGAUAAUCACGUGCGAAGUCAUACUGGAGAAACUCCUUACAGGUGUGAAUUCUGCGCGAAAACUUUCACCCGUAAAGAGCAUAUGGUCAACCACGUUCGAAAACAUACGGGCGAAACUCCGCAUCGAUGUGAUAUUUGCAAGAAGAGUUUCACCAGAAAAGAGCACUUUAUGAACCAUGUUAUGUGGCAUACAGGUGAAACGCCGCACCAUUGUACAAUAUGCGGCAAGAAGUAUACUAGGAAGGAGCAUUUAACGAACCAUAUGCGAUCUCACACGAACGAUACUCCGUUCCGAUGCGAAUUGUGCGGCAAGUCGUUCACGAGAAAGGAACACUUCACCAAUCACAUAUUGUGGCAUACGGGAGAGACGCCACACCGCUGCGACUUCUGUUCCAAGACAUUUACUCGUAAAGAGCACCUGUUGAAUCAUGUCCGCCAACACACAGGCGAGUCGCCUCACCGUUGCAACUUCUGUAGCAAAUCCUUCACUCGCCGAGAACAUCUAGUAAACCACGUACGGCAACACACCGGAGAAACGCCCUUCCAGUGCGGAUACUGCCCUAAAGCAUUCACAAGGAAGGAUCACCUGGUGAACCAUGUACGUCAGCACACUGGUGAAUCCCCACACAAGUGCUCAUUCUGCACGAAGUCGUUCACCCGUAAGGAGCACUUGACGAACCAUGUGAGGCAGCAUACGGGCGAGUCCCCACACCGCUGCUCUUACUGUGCCAAGUCAUUCACGAGAAAGGAGCAUCUUACCAACCACGUCAGACAGCACACGGGAGAAACGCCACACAAGUGUACGUACUGCCCGCGGGCCUUCGCGCGCAAGGAACAUCUCAACAACCACAUUAGGCAGCACACCGGAGUCACGCCGCACGCCUGCUCCUACUGCAGCAAGAGCUUCACCAGGAAAGAACAUCUCGUUAACCAUAUUCGAAUUCACACUGGUGAGUCUCCGCAUCGCUGCGACUUUUGCCAAAAGACGUUUACACGCAAAGAGCACCUGACUAAUCACUUGAAACAACACACUGGUGACUCUUCCCACGCCUGCAAGGUCUGCUCCAAGCAGUUUACUAGAAAAGAACAACUCGUCACACACAUGAGGUCUCACAGCUGUGGUGAACGUCCUUUUAGCUGCGGCGAAUGCGGCAAGUCUUUUCCAUUGAAAGGCAACUUAUUAUUCCAUGAACGGUCACAUAACAAGAAUAAUGCAAAUGCUGCUAACAAACAGUACCGAUGUGAAAUCUGUUCUAAAGUUUUCCUCUGUAAAGGUCACUUAGUAUCUCAUCGGCGAACACAUCCGGAGUGGGUUGAGGGGUCAAACCCCGCGGAAACAUCCACUGAAACUGAAGACUGUAACAAAGGCAACACAUGUAUCAAAGUGGAACCAGAAAGAACUGAAAGAAAACAUGAAGUCAGAGCUACAGUUGAAGCGAGACCAGCAGAAACUAAUGUUCCACAAACUCAGCCAAAUACGCCUACUGUCAUGAUCACAAAUAAUCAACAAGUACGCGCGCCGAGCGUAGGCGCCGUGAGCGCGGUGGGCGCGGGAAGCACGUCGGGCGGGGCAGUGGCAGGCACGUACACGCAUGCGGUGGCCGCCACGCACCACGCCGGGGCCGCGCUCUCGCACCACCCCGUCACCGUCAACUACUAGCAUACGGCCCUCUCUCUGCCCACGCUCGAGGAAGCCACGCAGCAAUGUCUCUGACAGAGUUAACGACGCCACCCAGCCACCGUUAGCGAGAGAUAUACAGGACAGUGAGAGCCUAAAGACAAUGAACUAACAGUGGUAACUGAAUUUUGAAAGUUGUUGACGACUUUAUGCUAAAUCCGUAUUAAGUUUGUUUCUUUUUCUCCAUUUUUGUAGAUAUUCUGGUGCAUAAUCAUUAAUUUUACAAUAAAAUAAGGGUUUAAAUUUGAUUAUAUGUAUUUGAAGUCAGUCAAUCACAUAUAUCAAGGAAAUAGUUAUAUAUAAACUAUGAAUGUAAUUAUAAUUAUAUUUUGUACAUAAUAUUAAACUAGAGCCAUCUAAAGAUAAUGUUUUGUUAUUGAUAGUUCACAGUUAUAAUUAAAUUAUGUAUGUAUACAGCCAUUAUAAAGAUUUCGAAGUAUUUUAAAUCCCACUUGUUAUUUAAAUCAAGCGCAGUUAAUCAUAGAAAUGUUUUAUUUUCUACUUCCAUAGUUUUAGCCAUUCUAUUUUUCAAACACUUAUAUCAUACUUCCGUAACAUAUUACAUCUUAAUUUUAAUCUGUUAGUUUUUAGUGGUUACCAUAUUAACAUUUUGUUUUUUAUAUUUCUGAGCUAUUUGUGGUUAAUAACUUUAAUUGUUUUUUUAUUAUUAUUUUAUAAUUAACCAUGAAAAAUCGAAAAAAUCACAUUCCGUUUUGAUUGAAUAUUAGAAAAUACAGACAUGGAAAAGAAUUAAGUACUAUAGUACUUGUUCAGAAUACGUAUCCAAUAUUUUUAUCGUAAUCCCUAAUUUUCCAACGGAAUUUUAAUGCAAUCUCAUUUUAUGAAGAAAUAUUUUUUAUAAAUUAUUGUAAAAUGAGUUUCUCGAAUUACGAAACAGGGACCAGAGAUCAAAGCGAGAGUGUAAAGUAGAAUAAAUGCUAACCCUCUUGCAACUCCCAAGAAUAUACAAAGAUAAAAAUUACAUUUAAUUUUGGUUGUAUAUACCAAUAGCUAAUUUUGAGUGUGCGAUAAUUUCCAAUGAAUAUCGCCAAUGUAAAUUGUGUCCAGCUUAGUAUAAUUAAUAUUCUUUGCCAUGUACAGUACAAGUGUGAUAAAUCUGUUAUAACUUACUUUAUAACGAUAUGUAUAGAGGUAAUUGUAUGUAAGUGGUGAUUGUAUCGCUUAGCUUAACUACGCGCACGAGAAGUGGUGUUAUAAUCACUUCCGUGAUUAUUGUAAACACGCCGCUUGUAAUAAAAUAUUAUAAAAUAGUCUGUAUCUACAUGUACAUAAUUAGUUUUAAACAUAUAGUUGUAUCAAAUCUGUAGCAAAAUUAAGACUAAUAAAAUAUCAUUUAUGUUAGUAUUUGGCUGGAUUGAUAAAUCUGUAUGGCAAGCUGAAAAACGAUUCAGAAUCGUGUUAUAUAGAAAGAUUUUCUUUAUAAGGAGCGAUGAAUCAUUGAGAUAGGAAAUUAUGUAACAGCCAAAGGGUAACUUAUCUUCAAUGGUGCCACGCUAAUUUAUAUUUUAUAGGAAAAUUAAUUCCUUAGACACAAUAGUAUGUACUAAAAUCUAAAUUAUGUUCAGUAAUUUGAUAUGAAUGAGAUUAA